UAAGAACCUUAAAUUUCGAGGGAUUAUUAUUAUUUUCUAAUUCGAAUUUUGAGACAACUUAAACUUUCUUAACGACAUACAGUUUCUCUCCUUUAAUGUUUUGGCGUUUAGGUUUCUCAUAGCUUUGUCCCAGCUGAGUUGGAUUCGGAUGUAAGCAAAUGUCAGAUACAAGUUUAUUGAGGUCCAUUCUUUGAGGAUUGUUAUGUUAUAAAAGGGAUUGGGACUCAUUCCAUUUUCAUAAGCUGCUCUAAUUGAUGAUAUAUAUAGAGAUGAAGAAACUGUUUUUCUUCAAAUCUUCCUCUUCUAGCAGUGGUAACAACAAGGUUCUUUCGGCAUCAAUGGAUAAACAAGUUUACCAGGGGAAAACAUCAGAAAGUUGGUUGAAUGAUCAACUUGUUGACAUGGCUGACUACAGUUGGAAGCUAAUGUCUGAUAGCCCCAGCUUCAGUAAUGCUUCUAGUCUUGUUCGGAGUCGUUCUUUGUCAUCAGGCAACGAGCUUGGACAACAAAAUUGUUCUUCCUCACAACAGCAGUAUGAUCACCAAUCGCGAUGCAGGGCUCAUAUGCCUGAGAAGAAAUCUAAGGCAAAACGAUGUGAAACAGAAAUUAUCAGUUUCGAGAGGCCGUGUUCUUCUGGUUCUUUGAGGCUGCACCAUGAUUCAUCUGGCAGCUCUUCCUCUUGCUCUAGCAAUGUGUCGGCCCAAGUUAUCGAUCGCUAUAUUGACGGAGAACAGCUUCCGGAAAUUAGCAAGUUAAGGAACAGUUCAACUCCAGGAAAUGGUGGUCGGAGGCAUCCACCGGGAGCUCGAUAUACUGCACCUUCAUCUCCGACACAUAGUGUCAAAGAGAAAAACAAGUCUCAUUCAUUUAGGGAUGGUGACAGCACUCGUCUUCACUUUUCAUCUAGAGAUAGGGUGGAAAAUGGAUUCGGGCAUGAGUCGCCACGAAUGGUUGCAAAGAAUGUGAUUGAGAGGCUUUCACAGACUCAUGUUGUCCCAAAAUCAAGUUCAAAGGGAUUCAACCGUCAUAUUCCGAUCACAAAGGAAGAUGUAUAUGGUGGAUACUUGAAUAUGCGUCCUGAGUCCAAAUUGGAAAUGGAUGAGCCUUACAAAAAUUGUUUCAUUGAGGGAAACCCUGACGGUUUAAAUUCUUCUGAAGAUGAUUCAGUAGUCGAGUUAGAAAGACGAUCUAAACAUGCCAAGGAAAGAGCCUUGCUUCUUUCUGAAGCUCAUGAGCAGGAAAGCUUUAUUUGUAAUGGUGGGUUUGAUGUUUCAUCGCUCAUUCGGUCUGUUCAGCACCUAAAAGAGGAGAAAAAAAAGCUAGCCCUCGAGGUUUUGGAUCUUCAACAGUCUAGAAUUGACGAGAGAGCGAGUGCUAGGGAGGAACUGAGAAUGGCGAGGGAAGAAAUGGAGUCACAGAUUGAAAAACUAGAGAAGGCAAAGCAUGAGACACAGUUGCGAUUCGAAAAGGAGUUCGAUAGAAGGUCAAGUGAUUGGUCGGUUAAGCUUGAGAAGUAUAGCUUAGAAGAGCAAAGGCUUCGUGAUCGAGUUCAAGAGUUAGCAGAGCAAAACGUUUCACUUCAGAGAGAAGUCUCUUCCUUCAAUGACAGGGAAACUGAAAACAGAAGCCUUACGAAGUACUCAGAACAACAACUUAAAGAGUUGAUGAGAAGGGUUGAAAAGAUGAACGAUGAGAAUCAAGAUCUAAGUCAAAAUCUCUCCGAGUCACAAGAGAAGCAUAGAGCAGCAAUGGAAGAUGUAGCUUGCGUUAGAAGAAAUCUCGAAGAGAAAGAGAAGGAGUGCAAGGAAUUGCAAAAGUCCGUUACCAGACUACUCCGAACAUGCACCGAGCAAGAGAAAAUGAUUGAAGGGUUGAGAGAUGGAUACGGUAAGGAGAUCGACCAGAAGCAAUCUAUGGAAAAGAAUGAAAAGCAAGUGCAAAAAUUACAAAGGGAGCAAAUGAGGUUAACUGGAGUAGAAUUGGCAUUAAGAAAGGAAGUAGAGUCUUAUAGGCUUGAAGCUUACUCUCUUCGACGCGAGAAUAUCUAUUUGUUGAAUCAAUUAAAGGGUAAUGGAAAUGAAAUUAUCGGAUUAACCUCCAAGUUUGACAACGAACUGCAGGAUCAUGUAUGCUGUCUACAGAAUCGCGGACUGUCUAUGCUUAAUGAGAUUAUCAAUCUGUCUUCAAAGUUAAUUGAGUUCAUCAAAGGAAAACCUAGUCAUCUUCAAGGAAUGCAACCAGGUUUAGAUAGUCUAUUUAUUGUUGAAUCUGAUCUUAAAAUCGAAGGCUUUAAACGUGGAAUUGAAAGCCUAAGGAGAAGUCUGCAGACAAUAUCUGGUUUGUUGCAUGAGAAAUCCGGUUUGGUUGCCUCGGACUCUCACUCAGCAUCCGUGGAUCCAACCAUGUCAACAAAACGCAACAAUCAAUCUUCAGAGAAGAUUAUAAGAAGUGAGCUUAAAGCAGAAACUAUGAUGACAAGUUUGUUGAAGGAAAAGCUUUAUUCAAAAGAGGUUGAAAUAGAAGAGUUGCAAGCUGAGGUUGCGGCAGCUUUGAGAGGCAAUGAAAUACUAAGAUGUGAAUUACAAAAUUCAACUGACAACAUUUCAUGCCUCACUCAUAGGUUGAAGGAUCUUCAACUUCAGAUACCGAAAAAAGAUGAAAAUGUAAGUCGACUCGAGAGCGAGUUACAAGAAUCAACAAAGGAACUAACCAUAUUGAAGGGUAUAUUGGUUAAGGUUUCACAAGAGAGAGAUUUGAUGUGGGAAGAAGUGAAGCAAUAUAAUGAGAAGAACAUGGUUUUGAAUUCAGAGAUUAAUGCAUUGAAAAAGAGAAUAGAAGGUUUGGAAGAAGACAUACAUCUAAAAGAAGGUCAGAUUACAAUUUUGAAAGACACUUUAAGCAAUCAUAAAAGUUGUGAUCUUCUUGGUAGUCCCACUUCUAUGCCUGAAUUCUUGCUGGAAUGAUUGUCAAUGAUCGAGGAAUGCACAUAUUUAUGUUGUAUUUUUGUAUCUUUAUAUUUUAUUUUUGUGUUUAAGGCAUUUAUGUAUGUUUAUUUAUAUUUUAUUAUCAUGUUUCGAAUCAGAUUGUGUUUUGGGAGAUAAUGAAUUGGCUUUUAAUAGCAAA